AUGCCUUCGAAUCUACCAUCAAGCUUCGCCUCGGCUGCCGCCGGCCAAAACGCCAACCGCGACGCGAGAGGCGGUCGACAGGACGGACGUGGAGCUGGUAGCGGGGAAUGGACUCGACGUGACGGCAGAGUUAAUGGCACCCUGACCUUCCGACGAUCCUCGACGACUCCCGGCCAACCAUCCCAACCCGCAGCCUCGUCCGAAAACGCCUUUGCCUCGACACCGCUCGAUUCCGGCGCAGUUCCUCAAACCCCUGGCGCUGCGACGUACGACUAUGCAGCCCCUUCACAGUACCAGAAGGACUCGAUUGUCGGUGUGUACAAGAAUGGCGCGGCAGAAAUAGACGCUUCCAAUGUGUUUGAAUCGGGAUGGACUCCGGGGCACACAAAUGGAAGUGCUGCGCGAGGCUGGGGAAAGACCAACAAUAAUCACAAUUCGCAAGAUCCUGCUGCCUGUUGGAACACCCGGGGCGAUAGUAACCCCAUAGCUGUCAAUGGCUUGUCUGAAGAGGAGAAGGAGGUGCGUCGGCCACUUGGAGUAGGUCACCAGGUAAACGAGACUAAUACAAGACAGGCAUUCGCAUCCGAUGUCAACUCUACUCUGAAGCCUCCUAUCCAGAACAAGGAGGGCACCCAGGGGCCAGGACCGAACGGGCGUAAGGCAUCUCUGUCGCACGGUAGUGCCGCCGGAUACGGAUUGGCAUCGCCCUCAUCUGCCUCACGACCUGGAACCCGGCGCCGAGAGACGACGGACUCCAAUCCUUUCGGCAGCGGCCCGCUCGCUUCCCCUAGCGCCACACGAUUCGCUCGCGAUGAACAGCAGUCUUUCCUGUUCGGUCGCAAGAAUAACGACGUCAAGGAGCAGGAGCCGGUUGAGGACGAAGGUGCUGUGCAGCCACAGACCAAGCCGCCCUUUGGAAACCUGACGCGUAGUAACACAGCAGGUAAUCCUUCUAUGGGUGCCAACAUUAGCUCACUCUGGGGAGCCUCUCAGCCUCCUUCAGCCGGUGGCGCUGGUAGCGGUAGCGGCGGUGGCAUGGGCAGCUUCGGCCAAUUCGCUUUGCCGACUCCAUCUUCAUCAAUUGGCACUGGCAAUCGUGGUGGAAGUCGUUUUGCAAACCUUAUGAACAAGGAAGGUACGGAAAGCGCUGCCCUUAAGCCCAGCGAGGCCUCGACUCCGGAAGCGACCCGAUCUUGGCGAUCUCGGCCUCGAACCGAUACCGACCCCUUCGGCGGAGACGACAACUUGUCAGGCAGCGCAGCGCUUGGAGGCGCUCAAGACACCAGUCCCCCACCGAUUCCCAAUCCCAGCAACAUCGGAAUGUUUGAGACCCCGGUCAAAGGGUCGACUGGAGAUUUUGGCAUGUCUGGCCUGAACUUGGGACGCCCUGCGGAGAACGAACCCGGCCCGGCUAGCCCAUCGGAGACAAACCCGUACCGCAGCCCACCAGCCGAUCGAAACGAAUCGCAGGAGGAAGGAUCAGGCGAGAUGCACCACGGCGGUGUGGCUGUUGGCACUGAACAAAACUCUGGCUUUAACGCCAUGUCGCGCGGUUUCCCGACUCACGCCUUCGACGGCAGUGAUCGCAGCCAAACCAGUAGUGCUGGACCUCGAGGUUACACCUCAGGUUGGCCCGUCCCUCUGUCCACGGGCACUCCAGACCGCGAGCGCGCCGGGUUUGGGGGAGUGUUUGGCAAUUCUCUCUUUAGUCCUAUGGGCACUGAGCUUCAGUCACCUGGACUAUCGAGCAUUGGAGGUGGUGUCUUUGGCCCAGCCAGCGCCGGAGGUCUCGGUGGCCCGGGCACCAUUGGUCGUAGCAAGCUGGGCUCUCUCUUCCCAGCCGCCAUGCAGGCGCAAAUGCAAGGACACGAGCAGGAGAACCUGAGUGACUCAUUGCCCGACCUUCGGCAGAGUAACCCUCUGGGCGCAAUUGGUCGCAAUAACUUCAGUGCCGCGCCACGGGACACCGGAAGCCCUCUUCGCAGUGGUCGCGGUGGAGUAUUUGAGGAAAUGUUCCCCUCAGACCCUACCCGAUCUCACAGCGGUUUUGGCGGUUCCGACCAUCCAGGCGCCGCGGGCGUUGGCCAUCCCCAAGCGUUCACUCCCGGAGCAUCCGCUGGGGCCGAAUUUGGUUCGACUCCUGUGCGUCAGAUGGUCAUGCCAGACCGCAUGCGCUGGGUCUACCUGGAUCCCCAAGGACAGAUUCAGGGCCCUUUCAGCGGGUUGGAAAUGAAUGAUUGGUACAAGGCGAAUUUCUUCACUCCCGAUCUACGCGUUAAGAAGGUUGAAGACCCUGAGUUUGAGCCUCUCGGACAGCUCAUCCGUAGAAUUGGAAACUCUCGCGAACCCUUCCUCGUUCCCCAGAUCGGCAUCGCCCAUGGGCCCCCGUCUCAAGCUGGGCCGUUCUCUCCAAGCGGCAACACCGGCGUUAUUCCCCCUCUCAGUGGUGUCUUCCCCAGCUUUGGUCGGACUUUGACUGCGGAGGAGCAAAACAACCUGGAGCGUAGGAAGCAGGAGGAACAGCAGGCCAUGGCACAACAACGAGACUUCAUGAUGAGGCAGCAAGCCAUCACCCGACUGCAAGGUCAAGGUCCAGGUGGUGUCCCAGGUUCUUUGCACCACCAGCACAGCGCUCACAGCUUGCAGAGCCAACCUAGCUUCGGCAGCAUUUCCUCACCGAUUGGUGCCCAUACUCAGCAGCCGCCCAUUGGAGGGGGUGUUGGACCGACAUCCGGGUUUUUUGACUCGGCUGCCCAGCAGGGAACUACCCAACCCCCCGUCGGUUCCGGACUCGACCAUUUUCGUGAGGAGGAGCUUGCCACACUGAAUGCCUCCGAGCGCCAGAUGCUCGCGAAUGUUCAAGUCCCGCCCAGCCUCGCAGGUCUCUUUCCUCAACAACCCGUCGGCGCUCCCGCGAAGGACGGCAACCACAGGAACAACCUUCCUGGCACGGAGCAGUUGGACAAAGAUGAAGAAGGAUUUCGUGAGCGCUUGAAGGAGUUUGAGGACAUCCGCGCCGAACGCGACUCUGAGCAAUCUCAAGAGGCUGCGGCAAAUCAAAGCAUUCAAGAAGAUGUCGCCCAAGAGCUUUCGGCGCCAGCCAUCGCUCAAGCUAUUGGCAACGAACAGCACAAAUCGCCCGCACCUGGCAUAAAGGAGAUCAUGGAGGAGGAGCAUCAGCUGUCUCUGACUCAACGGGUCCAGCAGGCUCAGGCUGCCGCCGAAGCUGCCAAGAACGCGGCUGCUGGCCUUCCCAUGCCGUUCCCACCCCCGUUGCCUGCGGCUGGAACGCCUCUGCCGGCUCCCACCGCGCAGCGUGUCCGUUCCAACCUGCCCGAGCAGUACAAUCGUUCUCAGACUGGGACUCCUGACACGGGUUCCGCAACGGAGCCCCCGCCAUUGGCACCAUGGGCCAAGGAGGCUGCGAGCCGCAAGGGACCCAGCCUGAAGGAGAUUCAGGAAGCCGAAGCGCGAAAGGCGGCCAAGGCCGAGGAGCUUGCUGCGGAGCGUCGCCGCCUGGCCUUGGAGCAAGAGGCUGCGGCUCUGAGAGAGCGUGAGAAGGCCAUUGUCGCCGCUACUGGCCUGCCGACUACCAGCACGUGGGGCAAUGGAUCCCCAGUCGCCGCUGCCAGCCCCUGGACCAAGCCUGCUGUUGUCAAGCCUACCCCAGGCACCAGCACCCCGAGCAAGCAGAAGACGCUCGCCGACAUCCAGCGUGAAGAGGAGGUGAGAAAGCUCAAGGCCAAGGAGGUUGCCAUCCAGACCGGACUUGCGACUGCUGCUGCUGGCAAGCGCUAUGCCGACCUUGCCACCAAGCCCAACGCGGCUCCUGGUCUUGCACAGUCCGGCACGCCCGCCCCGCCUCCGGGCCCCGGCUGGGCCACCGUUGGAGCCGGCGGGAAGGUGAAGGUGCCCACCGGGCCUGCCUCUCAAACGAGAUCUGUCAGCGCUGCUGGCGUGAAGCCGGUCCCGGUCGUUGCAAAGCCCGCAGUCAAGCCUGUCGCUACUGUGGUUGCGCCUGCUCCCACUAAGGGCAAUGCUGCCAUGGAUGAGUUCAACAAGUGGCUCCACCACGAGUUGUCCCGUGGCCUUAACGGCGUCGAUGUGGACACUUUUGCUGGCAUUCUUGUUGAACUGCCCCUCGAGGACGGUAUCAUUGCUGACGCAGUGUACGCGAACUCCAAGACCAUGCAUGGCGCGCACUUUGCUGAGGAGUUUGUCCGCCGCAAGAGACUCGCUGAUAAGGGCAUUAUCGAGAAGCAGGGCUCUGUCGACAGCAAGCUGGGCAGCUCUUCCAGCGGAUGGAACGAGGUUGCCAAGAAGGGCGGCCACAAGGAGCAGCCUCCCGCGGCAGCUGGAGACGCCGGUAUUCAGGGCGCGGGCUUCAAGGUUGUGCCCACCCGCAAGAAGGCGGGCAAGAAGAGCAACUAG